CACACACACUGCGACACCCAUCUUGAUGUUGAUGUGACUGGAGUGUGUUUCCUGCAGAGAGCAGCCCGGGCCUGCCUCAUUUUCGCCUGGCAGGUCAGCCGCUGUGUUUCAGUCUGAAGCCGUUGGCUGCCUGCUACUGAACCGUUUGGCUCUUUUCUCUACUAGCGAGCAAACCCACAAUCUACAUCCAACUACCCGUCCAGCUCGUUUUUAAGGGGAUUUAUCCACAUAUACACCCGUGUAGCCAAAACACAGCGGUCAUUGGGGAGUGUGAGCAGCGGCUCGCCGGGUCGGAAGGCCGUUAUAACGCUAUUUUCGAGGUUAAAUUAGAGCUCCAACACAGCGGUGGUGGAGGAGGAGAUUCCAUAUUAGGAGCACAGAGAGAGGAGAAGGCACCCCCCUUGUGUGAGCUGGAGCCUCCGACUGAAGAGGUGAACCAUUGUUGGGACUUCUGAAUGAGUGUCAGUCACAUGGUGCUGAUCCCCUGGGACAAGGCCCCGACUGAACAGACCGGUGGUGAAAACAGACUUACUACUGUGGCCAGGAGUGUGUGUGCUGACCUCAUGGUGUAACAGGAGUAAAGAUGAGCAUUAGCAGUGAUGAGGUCAAUUUCCUGGUCUACAGAUACCUACAGGAGUCAGGGUUCUCCCACUCAGCGUUUACAUUCGGUAUAGAGAGCCACAUCAGCCAGUCCAACAUCAACGGUGCUCUGGUUCCCCCUGCUGCUCUCAUCAGCAUCAUCCAGAAGGGCCUGCAGUACGUGGAGGCCGAAGUCAGCAUCAAUGAGGACGGCACGUUAUUCGACGGGCGGCCCAUCGAGUCUCUGUCUCUGAUCGACGCCGUGAUGCCGGACGUGGUUCAGACCCGGCAGCAGGCGUACCGCGACAAGAUGGCCCAGCAGCAGGCCGCCGCCGCCACGCCGGCCUCGGCCACCGGGGGCAGCAUCGCCGGCAACGCCAAGAACGGAGAGAACACCGCCAACGGGGAGGAGAACGGAGCCCACGCCUUAGCUAACAACCACGCAGACCUGAUGGAGGUGGACGGAGACGUGGAGAUCCCCCAGAACAAGGCCAUGGUGCUGCGGGGCCACGAGUCCGAGGUCUUCAUCUGCGCCUGGAACCCCGUCAGCGACCUGCUGGCGUCCGGGUCGGGCGACUCGACGGCUCGUAUCUGGAACCUGAGUGAGAACAGUACGAGCAGCUCCACACAGCUGGUGCUCAGACACUGCAUACGGGAGGGAGGACAGGACGUCCCCAGCAACAAAGACGUCACCUCGCUAGACUGGAAUAGUGAAGGCACACUGCUAGCGACAGGCUCUUACGACGGCUUUGCCAGAAUAUGGACUAAAGACGGUAACCUGGCCAGCACGCUCGGCCAACACAAAGGCCCCAUCUUCGCCCUCAAGUGGAACAAGAAAGGCAACUUCAUCCUGAGUGCAGGAGUAGACAAGACAACAAUCAUCUGGGACGCUCACACAGGAGAAGCCAAGCAACAGUUUCCCUUCCAUUCAGCUCCGGCCCUCGACGUCGACUGGCAGAGCAACAACACGUUCGCCUCGUGCAGCACAGACAUGUGCAUCCACGUCUGCAAGCUGGGCCAGGACAGACCCAUCAAGACAUUCCAGGGACACACGAAUGAAGUGAAUGCAAUCAAGUGGGAUCCCACAGGAAACCUGCUCGCCUCCUGCUCAGACGACAUGACGUUAAAGAUCUGGAGUAUGAAGCAGGACUCGUGCGUCCACGACCUGCAGGCCCACAGUAAAGAGAUCUACACCAUCAAAUGGAGCCCGACCGGCCCUGGAACCAACAACCCCAGUGCCAACCUCAUGCUAGCCAGUGCAUCGUUUGACUCCACGGUUCGCCUUUGGGACGUGGAGCGAGGCAUCUGCAUCCACACGCUGACCAAACACCAGGAGCCCGUCUACAGCGUGGCCUUCAGCCCCGACGGCCGGCACCUGGCCAGCGGCUCCUUCGACAAAUGUGUCCACAUCUGGAACACACAGACGGGCGCGUUAGUCCACAGUUACAGAGGGACGGGAGGGAUCUUUGAAGUUUGCUGGAACGCAGCGGGGGACAAAGUAGGAGCCAGCGCGUCAGACGGAUCUGUGUGUGUAUUAGACCUUCGGAAAUAGUGCUGCUGCUUGUUGGAAGCCAUGGACCGACCAUGAAUGUGUACAUAGCCAAAUGACUGUCCCUGCCUGCCCCGCGUACUGCUCACGCUCACGACCAUGGCCCCGCCCACCGACAGACAGGAAGCAGGAAACAGGAACAGGAAGCAAGUACCCGACACAGCAGGUCCAGACACGGGGGUGAACGGACGGACGGACGGACGGACGGACGGAGAGACGGAGAAGUGGAAGGAAAGAGGCGCCCCUCUUCCUCAAUCUGUGCAGAGACUCUUCCAGAGAUGCAGAAGGGACGCAGUCAAAAAAAGAAAAAAACUGAAAAAGACAAAAAAAAAAAUAAAUAAAUAAAAAAAACACAACAAAAAAACAAAAACAAGAUAAAAAAAAAAAAUAAAAAAAAUAACAGAUCCGUAUAUGUACCAAAAUUUGGAAGCUAUUUUGCUUUUUUUGAUCUUAAAAAAAAAAAAAAAAAAAACCCACCAUGCUCAUCGUCGUCAUCAU